AUGCGGUUUUUCCUCCCGCCGCCACUCCUCAUCACCAUAUCGUUUAUACAAACCACCUUCUCCGAAUGCACCCUGCAGAUUUCAUCGAAAAAUGGGAAAAGCGGGAAGAUUGCCUCAUCACAAUUGGCCUCCCGCUCCAGCUCGUUACCCUCGAAAUGUGUGAUCGUCUUUGAGGGCAAUCAAAACGAGAAGGUCUCCGUCCGCUUCACCUACUUCAAUCUGUACGCCCCUGAGCACGCGAAUACGACUAAGCGAUGUGCCGAGUAUGACCAUCUUACAGCGGCCGUCCGCGUCGGCGCGCGAUUCUCCAGAAUUGAUACUUGGUGCUCGAAGGACGUGCCCCCACAGUUGAUGAGCAGCUCUAAUAUUCUGCAAAUGGAGUAUAACACGAAGUCCUCCCGCGCGGUACGCGAAUCGGCGAGCCAAGAGGUCGGAUUUCGCCUUGAAUACAACUUCCAUGCCGACUGGAAUAUGGGAGAGAUGGAGGCACAGUACGACUCAAGUCGAGGCUGUCGCUUUGUGUUCAACUCGUCCAGGAAGGAGUCGGGGAAGUUAUGGUCUAUCAACUACCCCGGCCUCUACCCCCGGAAUCUCCUUUGUGAAUACAUCUUCCAUGGACGCGAAGACCAAAUCGUUCACAUCCACUUUGAAUACUUUGAUGUCGAGGGAUUCAACCAAUGCGACGAACAGUCGCAGAGUGAUUUCGUCUUGUUCAGCAACUAUCAGAGUCCCGACCGAAAUAAUCGACGGGUCUGCGGAAGAUUUCUGCCCAGAAUAUCGACAAUGUCGGAGUCGAACUACUAUCGGAUGGUUUUCUCGACGAACGAGAUCUUUGAUGCCACCGGUUUCUAUGCACAUUAUCAGUUCCUCUCCGCGCACCAAAACCCGACAAUCUCGAAGGUGAAAUUCACCCCUUCGGCCGCCUCAUCGACCCAUUGCUCAGUGGCACUUCUCUUGCUCUACGCCUUGAUAUCCGCCAACGCU